ACGUUCUGGACGAGGUCACAUGGCGAGGAAGAUGGCUGCUUCCUGAAAAGGCCGGGAGUUACGGCUGCAGCUGCUGCCAGAUACUUAAGAAGUUCUUGCUGCUCUUGCUCUCUCCAGUGGUGCAGUUUGCAUUCCAUCUGCAUUUCCUCAUUCUUUGCGGUGCUGCCCAUCAGUCCUCCUGAGGAGAUCCUUUCUAUUUGUGAGGACCUAAGCCCACAAGUCACCUUGGCUGACCUGGCAGAAGCCCUGGGACUUAAAGCACCAUGGUAACAGAGAAGGAAGUAGAGGCCAUCGGGCAGACCCUUGUGGAUCCCAAGCAGCCCCUGCAGGCCCGUUUCCGGGCCCUGUUCACCCUUCGGGGGCUGGGUGGGCCUGGGGCCAUUUCAUGGAUCAGCCAGGCCUUUGGCGAUGAGUCAGCCCUACUGAAGCAUGAGUUAGCCUAUUGCCUGGGCCAAAUGCAGGACACUAGAGCCAUCCCUGUAUUAGUGGAGGUGCUGAAGGAUACGAGUCAGGAGCCUAUGGUCCGGCAUGAGGCUGGAGAGGCUCUGGGAGCCAUAGGCAACCCAGAAGUGUUGGAACUCCUGAAGGAAUACUCCAAGGAUCCUGUCAUCGAGGUGGCAGAGACAUGCCAGCUGGCAGUACGGCGGCUAGAGUGGCUGCAGCAGAAUGGAGGGGAGCCCACAGGUAGCCCCUACUUGUCUGUGGACCCAGCCCCACCAGCUGAGGAGAAGGAUGUGGGGCGUCUUCGGGCCAUGCUCCUGGAUGAGUCACGCCCGCUCUUUGACCGCUAUCGGGCUAUGUUUGCUCUACGAAAUGCUGGGGGCAAGGAGGCCGCACUGGCCCUUGCAGACGGUCUGUGCUGUGGCAGUGCUCUGUUCCGCCAUGAGGUGGGCUAUGUGCUGGGCCAGCUGCAACAUGAGGCCUGCAUACCCCAGCUGACAGCUGCCCUGGCCAGCCAAGCUGAGAACCCCAUGGUACGACAUGAAUGUGCUGAAGCCUUGGGCUCUAUUGCCCAGCCCGACUGUCUGGCUGCCCUUCGGGCCCAUGCAGCGGAUGCGGAGCGUGUAGUGCGUGAAAGCUGUGAGGUGGCCCUGGAUAUGUAUGCCUAUGAGAACGGGCCUGAAUUCCAGUAUGCCAAUGGCCUCAGCCAGCUUCACCAGCCCUCUCCUGUGCUGGAUGGAUUCUCCUGACUUUGUGAACCUACUGCCACCAUGCUCUGGUAGCUUCUGCUAUCACCUGCUUUGGCCUCAUCUUUCCUGCUCCUGGGCCUACUUUGUCCUCUUACAAGAAUGACUACUCAUUAGAAUCAGCUGAAAGGGGCUGGAAACAGGAAAUGACCUGGGUGGGUUAGAAAAGGUUAGGAACAGUUGGAAUCUUCUGGGAAGGGGACAUUAAUCUUUUGGGAGAUGCCAGAAUCAAUUAGGAGCAGAGCCAGUUCUUUGGGGAUCAUAUCUACAUCUGUUGGCAUGAGAUCAAGAUCUCCUUAAAGAGCUGGUCAUCUCUAUUGGACUAGGGUCUUUUGGGAGCACUUGGGGGUCUUCUGGGGGAUAGAAGAGUACCAUUGGGAUGGGAUCAGGGUUUUACUAGAGGUGUUGGGAUCUGUUGAGAUAGGGGGAUAGGGCCUAUUGGGAGCAGAUUGAGAUCUUUGGAAUUCUCUGUUGGGAGAAUCUAAUGGUAAUAUGGAAUCUAGGUUUACUGGGAGAUAUUGGGAUUGUCAGUAAAACUAGAUUUGUUGGGGUCCCUUUGGAGAAGAUCUGGAAAAGAAUCUGGAUUGAUUGGGGGAAAUGGCAUAUAGCUAUUCCAUAGUUGAGACCUUCUGGAGGAAGCCUUUUCCAAGUUGCUAAUCUCCACCUGACCAUAUGUUCCAGACCAUCUGGGCAACUUGGAAACCCACCCACAUGUACUCCCUUUCCUACCAUCUACUACCUGUCUGGAAGGGAAACCUUCUCUGGGCAUGGAUGGUGCCUGCCCAGUUAGAUGAUUGGGGUGGGAGUCUUUGAGGGACAUGGAAGAGGGUAGAUCACAAAGUGGGCAGAGUUCUUAAGUGGAUUCUUCCCAGGGAAAGGAGAGCUGGGCAGGGGCCUCGGGGAAGAGGUGAAAGCAGGAGGUCUGGGCUUGAGUCCCAAAGCACAAAGGCCAUCUGAACUGAAUAUUAAAUUAUUUAUCUGAGGAAA